UCUGCGUCUGCGUCUGCUUCUGCAACUCCAAGAGGUUGAUUAUCCGGUUUAGGGUUUAGGGUUUAGGAGGCGACUGUGAAAAACCCUCUUCAACCAUGGCGGCUGUCAGCACAAACCCUAAAAUUUUACCAUCACCGGCAGCUACCAUGUCCUCUGUCAACAUCCCCAACACCUCCCAAUCCCAGCUCCUCUUCCGCUCGCAUUUGCACAAACCCAACAUGCCAAAAUUUCUAGUUUCCCGUCCCAAUCUUCACAACACUUGUAAUCCCCACAUUCUCUGCUCUCAAACUGACAACUCCAUGCCUACUCCCCGACCUGAUUACAUCCCCAACCGCAUCUCUGACCCCAACUAUGUCCGCAUCUUCGACACCACUCUCCGCGACGGUGAGCAGUCCCCUGGUGCCUCCUUGACCUCAAAAGAAAAACUCGACAUCGCCCGGAAGUUAGCAAAGCUUGGGGUUGACAUAAUUGAGGCUGGUUUCCCCGCCUCUUCCAAAGACGAUGCCGAGGCUGUGAAGAUGAUUGCAAAAGAGGUUGGGAAUGCAGUUGACAAGGACGGUUAUGUUCCCGUCAUUUGUGGAUUGUCAAGGUGCAAUAGAAAUGAUAUUCAGACGGCAUGGGAUGCUGUGAAGUAUGCCAAAAGGCCAAGGAUUCAUACUUUUAUUGCGACCAGUCCCAUUCAUUUGGAGUAUAAACUGAGGAAGAGCAAGGAGCAGGUGAUUGAAAUUGCAAGGAACAUGGUCAAGUUUGCCAGGGAGUUGGGAUGCGAUGACGUUGAGUUUAGCCCCGAAGAUGCUGGGCGAUCCGAAAGGGAGUUUCUGUAUCAGAUUUUGGGUGAAGUUAUAAAGGUUGGGGCAACAACCUUGAAUAUUCCUGACACUGUAGGUUAUAAUGUGCCAGAUGAAUAUAGUCAGUUGAUCGCUGACAUAAAAUCUAAUACCCCUGGAAUUGACAACGUUAUCAUUUCUACUCACUGCCAAAAUGAUCUUGGACUUUCUACUGCCAACACUUUAGCGGGGGCAUGUGCAGGUGCUAGGCAACUGGAAGUAACAAUCAAUGGCAUUGGUGAAAGGGCUGGGAAUGCUUCAUUAGAGGAGGUUGUCAUGACCUUAAAUUGUCGCGGGGAGCAUGUUCUUGGGGGGCUUUAUACUGGAAUCAAUACUAAGCAUAUCUAUGUAACAAGCAAGAUGGUGGAAGAGUACACUGGGUUGCAUGUGCAGCCACACAAGGCUAUUGUUGGAGCUAAUGCUUUUGCACAUGAAAGUGGUAUCCAUCAGGAUGGAAUGCUUAAGCACAAAGGUACAUAUGAAAUCAUAUCUCCUGAAGAUAUUGGGUAUGAACGGUCCAAUGAAGCUGGUAUUGUUCUUGGGAAACUCAGUGGGCGUCAUGCUUUGAGAAAUCGACUUGCGGAGCUUGGCUAUGAGCUUGAGGAUGAUCAACUUGCUACUGUGUUUGAGCAUUUCAAAGCUGUAGCUGAACAGAAAAAGAUUAUAACUGAUGCAGAUCUCGGAGCACUGGUGCGAGAUGAAGUUUUUCAGCCAGAAGUUGUCUGGAAGCUUCAUGAUUUACAGGUUACCUGUGGAACUCUUGGUCUUUCUACAGCAACUGUUAAACUAAUUGAUGCUGAUGGGAGAGAGCAUGUGGCAUGUUCAGUUGGAACGGGUCCAGUAGAUUCGGCUUACAAGGCUGUUGAUCUCAUCGUGAAGGAACCUGUAACGCUUGUUGAGUACUCUAUGAAUGCGGUCACAGAAGGAAAUGAUUCAAUAGCAACUACUCGUGUUGUAAUCCGACCAGAAAACAAACGUAUGAUUACUCAUGCUCACACUGGAGAAUCAGUUCAACGGACAUUCAGUGGAGUUGCAGCAGGAAUGGAUAUUGUUGUCUCUAGUGUCAAGGCAUACAUCGGCGCAUUGAAUAAGAUGAUAGGUUUCAAUGAAAGGUCGCCGACAAAGAUUCCAGCGGAACGAACGCCAGUGUCUGCAUGAAGAGUGGUCCGUACAAUUUACAUAUGAUUUGUAAGCUCGCAAAUCAUGGUUCCAGUUGGUAUCUUGUACAAAGAUGUCUAGAAAUUCACUUCAGGGACGACCUACAUUGGCUCAAUUGUGUAUGCAAUGUUUUGGAAGAGGAAUUAUUCAGAGAUUUUGUAUCAUUGAAACUGUUUUUUGUUAUGAAUUUUAUAGUUUCGAUUGCGAAAAUAAAAAUCUGGCCGUGUAUCAUUGUAGUUCUCUGACAUGUAUUCCAGUUCAAGAUUUCUCCA